CCACCCACAGUCCCUUUCCAGUCGCGGAGGCUGGAGGUGAAAGCUCGCGAUUGCGCGCGGCGCGAGGCGCGUGGAAGCCCACUGUCCAGGUGUCCGCGCGCGCUGUGCAGAUUAGUGAGGACUGUGGCCUGCGCUGUCUCCGCGCUUUCACCCCUCGGCGCGCCAGGGGCGCGGCUCCGCGCUCCUGGGGAAGCCCGGGGGCGGAGCCUCACUGGCCUACAAGUUGCUCUCGGGGCGGAGGCGAGCUGCCCGGAGGGGACCCCCGCGGGUCCGGAAGGCGAGUGCGCAGGCGCGGGGCCUCAGUUGCUGUCAGGCUCUGAGGCAGCUGUGAGGCGGAGGACGCAGGAGAGAAGCAGUUUUUUUCAGUGUUGGUCACUGAGACAGAAGAAGCAAAUCCAUUCAUUGGGUCUAUAAUCUAAAAAGGAAGAAACAGGAGUGCUCUGCCUCAGCCUCUGAAUGUGGGCCAUCAAAGGUGGGAGAAAGGAUGCCUAUAGUACAAGGGAAACCAAAAUCCAAGGCACCAGUGACUUUUGGGGACUUAGCCAUCUACUUCUCUCAAGAGGAAUGGGAAUGGCUGAGUCCCGUUCAGAAGGAUUUAUACAGAGAUGUCAUGUUGGAGAAUUAUCAGAAUCUGGUCUCACUUGGUCUUGCCUCCCGGAGACCAAAUAUCAUCACCUUGUUGGAGAAAGGUAAAGCACCAUGUGUGGCCGAGCCAUCAAGAUGGCGCCGGGGCCCUGAAUCAGGAUCUAAGUGUGAUACCAAGAAGUUACCUUCAAAUCAGUGUAACAAAUCUGGGCAAAGCAUCUGUAAGAAACCAGUUUCUUCACAACAAAAUGUUCCCACAGGGAAGAUAAAGCGUGACAAAACUUCAUUCCCAGGAAAACCCAAGAAAGAACAUUCAGACAAGAAGUCUUUAAAGUGUAAUGAUUGUGGAAAAACCUUUUUUCGGCGUUUAUCCCUUAAACUUCAUCAAGACUUUCACACUGGAGAGAGGUCUUAUGAAUGCAGUAAUUGUGGACAAGUUUUCAGGCAGAUCUUAUCCCUUAUCCUUCAUCAGAGCAUGCACAAUCGGAAUAAAAACUAUGAAUGUGAUAAAUGUGGGGAAAUUUUUAAUAAAAAAUUAACUCUUAUGAUACACAGCAGAAUUCAUAAUAGAAAGGAAAAUUUUUACAACGGGAAGUCCUCAGGUUCAUGCCCACCUCUCAGUGUACACCAUAAUAAUCACAUUGUUGAGAGUAUCUACCAGUGCAGAAAAUGUGGAAAAGCCUUCAGCCGGAUGUCAUCCCUUUUGCUUCAUAAGAGAAUUCACAGUAGAAAGAAAAUACAAAAAUACAAUAAAUAUGGGAGUGGCUUCAAAAAGAAGCAAGUCCUUGUACAUAAAAGAAUUUGUAUUGGAAAGAAAACUCAUGAAAGUAAGAAGGCCUUAAUUCAGAGUCUCAGGAAGAGAACUCACCAUUUAGAAAAUCCUUUUACGUGUAGGAAAUGUGGGAAGUCCUUUAGUAGGGUCUCAUCCUUAAUGCUUCAUCAGAGAAUUCACACUUCAGGGAAACGCUACAAAUGUGAUAAAUGUCAGAAAGACUUUAGACGUCCUUCGACUCUUAUUCUGCACUUAAGAACUCAUAAUGGGGAAAAGCAGUAUAAGUGCAAUAAAUGUGAGAAAGUCUGGAGUCGGCAUUCAUCCCUUAUUCAACACCAGAAAAUUCAUAAAAGGAAAAAGAAACUCAUUGCAUGCAAAGAAUGUGGAAAGAUGUUUGGUGGAAUUAAAAACCUUAAAGUACAUCUGAACAUUCAUUCAGAAGAAAAACCUUUCAAGUGCGAUAAAUGUAGUAAAGUUUUUGGUCGCCAGUCAUUUCUUACUGAACAUCAAAGAAUUCAUACUGGAGAAAAGCCUUAUCAGUGUGAAGAAUGUGGGAAAGCAUUCAGUCAUCGGAUAUCUCUUACCCGACAUAAGAGAAUUCACAGCGAAGACAGACCUUAUGAAUGUGAGCAGUGUGGGAAAGCCUUCAGCCAGGGUGCUCAUCUUGUGCAGCAUGAAAGAAUUCACACUGGAGAGAAGCCUUAUGCAUGCAAAACAUGUAAAAAGUCCUUUACUCAGCGCAUAUCCCUCAUUCUACAUGAGAGAAGUCAUACUGGGGAGAAACCCUAUGAAUGUAAUGAAUGUGGGAAAGCAUUCAGUAGUGGCUCGGACCUUAUUCGACAUCAAAGAAGUCAUUCUUCAGAGAAACCAUAUGAAUGUAGCACAUGUGGUAAGGCAUAUAGUCGGAGCUCAUCUCUGAUUCGACAUCAGAGCACACAUUCAGAGGAAAAAUCCUAAAGUUGUUGCUAAAUCUGCCAAAACUAAAAAGGAUAUCAAAGAAGUGUUCGUGGAGAUUGUGUGGAAGUGUUCUUGACUUACGAUGGAUCUGUGUCCCAAUAAACUUGUCAUUAGUUGAAACAUUUGAAACAAAUACAUGUUUAAUAUAUCUAACCUACCAGAUGUGAUUGUUUAGCCACACAGUCUAAUGUGGAGUCCCAAUUGCUCACUUUCCUGAUUGUGUGGCUUCUUUGAAGCUAUGACUUGAUCCUGCUGCCUAACAUCUUGUGAGUUAUCAUACUGCGUAUUAUUAGCCUAGGGAAAGAUCACAAUUUGACAUAAUUUUUAACUGAAUGGAUAUGACUUCUUCACCAUCAUAAUGCUGAAAAAUAGUAAAUCAGAAAUCAUUAAUUUGAGAAACUAUCUGCCCAUAACCUAUUUUGUGUAUAUGGGGCCAUUUUAUGGUAUUCUCCCUUUGAAAGCCAAAGAACAAAAGUAGUUGAUGGAUUUUGAAAUGAAGAUCUGAAAUCAGCUGAGGUAUGAUGAGAAUACUGGAUCAGGGUUUGUAAGUGAAGGUGCUUUUCAGUUGGCAUUUUAUUUCCAGUGUAGCUUUGAGGACAUUUCACUGGAUACAUGAAAUGAAAUGGAACUGCAAAUUCUGUUUCUCUGGAUUAUGCUUUGAGCCUGAGUUGAGGUCCCAGGAAAAUAGUGUGGAGUCUAACAGACCAAACAGAAAACAGGGUGCUUCUUUCUCCUGACAGAUAUGUGUUGCAGUAAGAAAAAAAAAAAGGAGUGAGCUUUAGGUGGUUAAAAAUGGUAUUUACAGAGGGUGUGGAGCAGUAGUUAAUACCACAUUGCCUCCAUGCAUAUGAAGAUACACUGAAAAUUUAGUAUGACUCUGACAGGCUGGGGAUUGCUCAGGAGAUACUAAAGAGUGAGGAACAUCAGAGCAGGGGGAUGUUUUUUUUUUUUUACUUUUUUAUUUGAAAAUAAAUUGUCUAUAUUUAUAUAAGUAAACAGUGUUUCCAUACAAUAAUGCUAGUUGGCAUACAAAAAGUAACUAUUGAGAUAUGUGUUUGUGAUUUUAUGUUCUGAAUAUUUGUGUCACCCCCAAACUCAAAUGUUGAAGCCCUAAACUCUCAAUGUGAUAUUUGGAAAUGAGAUUACUGAGGUCAUGUUGUAGGUGGGCCUUUUUGUUAUGUUUAUUGAUCAAAGACACCAAAGGGCUUGAUCUGUUUCUGUCUCAUGUGAGAACACAGGGAGACAUCUGCAAACCAAGAAAAAGCCCUCACCAAACCUGACCAGUUUGAAACCUUGACCUUGGAGUUCCAGCCUAUGGAGGAACUGUAAGAAUUUAACUUCUCUUAAGUCAGCCUGUGAUACAGUGUCAUGGCAGCUCAAACUGGUUAAUACAUGGAAAAACUCAGUUAAGUACUGGAUGUUUUCCUAUGGGCUGUCCAGCACAUUCAAUGUAUUUUUCUGUCCUUCUUUCCAGCUUGUGUAAGUUAUAAAAGAAAUGAAAAAUGAAGUCUGAGUUCUUUUCUGUGAUUAA